AUAAGAUGUGCCAACAAACAUUUGGCUCAGGGAACUGUCUUAGUGCCUAGUUCUUGCGGUCAUUAUUUGUCCCAGCUGGCCUCUCCACGUGGAUCCCGUGACAAGAAGACUUCUGAUUCCCUGGCCGUGACAAGCACUGUUAGCCAGAAAAACGAUGCCAACAACAGGACUCAGAAGUUUAAUGAAAUGCACCUGGCCGACCUACAGAAGGUUUUUGAGGCGGAGACAGAUGAGCAUGGAGCCCUGGACAAGGAAGGUUUCAUCAGGGUCAUGAAGAAGGUGCUAAGCAGCAUGUCUGAGGAGAAGCUGGAGGUGCUGUUCUUGAAGGUGGACUCCAACUGCAAUGGCUAUGUCACCUGGCAAAAGUACGUGGACUAUAUGAUGCGUGAGUUCCAGGGCAAGGAGGAGAUGAGGAAGAGCCAGUACCGCCUGCGCUUUCACCUUCCCAUGACCAUCAUUCCCAUGCACCAUGGGAGUGAGAUUGUGAAAGUGGCUUUUUUAAUCCAACGAUUCAAAACGAUUGGGUGUUUCCUGACUGUCACCAAAGAUGGGAUCCUGCAGUUCUGGUCUGAGAGUUUCUCGAUGAUGAACUCCUUUCGGCUUAAUCAGACCCAGCAGUUCGGCCGCCAGCAGAUGUGGGUUGUCGACAUGGUAUGUAUGCACAACAUGAACCUCAUUGCAGUUGCCUCAACUGAGCUGAAGAUAGAGUUCUUUGAUAUCAGUAACCAGAAAUGUGUCCGGGCCUUCACCUUUAUUGACCUGGAUAGCUGUGUCAUGGUCAUGGACUAUUGGUCUGACAAUAACAAAGGUGUUUUCUGCUAUGGGGACACCAAGGGCAAUGUCGUUAUCUUCAUAUCUGACAAUGUGGCUAGUGGGCUGUUCAACCCGCACAUCCUUCCCCGGACCUCCAAGUGGGAUCACUGGACCAAUGUUUCCUUGCGGAAACUCUUAAAUGAGAAGUCCCCUCUGUAUAGAAGCUUCCGAGUGAAGAAUCUCCACCUCAACUGGUGUCAGCAGGUCAAGUUCAUCCCCCAGCUGAAUGUGGUGGUCUCGUGUUCAGCCAUUGAGAGGUCCUCACUGGUGCUGAUAAUCCUGCCAACCAAAGACCCCGAGAAACCCAAGUUAUCAUCGUUGAAUUUAAGAAAGGGAAUUCUUUGCUUUGAUUACUGUCCAGACAGGAACUUCCUGGCAACUGGUGGCUAUGACCCCCACAUCCGCCUGUGGAACCCCCUGGUCUCCAAAAGGCCUGUGUGGCUGAUGAAGGGACAUCACACAUCAGUGACUCACCUUCUUGUGAACAGCAAGAACACCAGCAUCCUGAUCAGCAUCUCCAGGGACAAGAACAUUCGUGUGUGGGACCUGCAGGACUAUGUGUGCCUCCAGUCCUUCUGUGGGAAGCUCUUCCCCCUGGGCAACUGCCCCAUAACCAGCGCCUACUUCCAUAGAGACCGCACCCUCAUCUGUAGCACCUACAACAUCGGGAUCCUCAGAGGGUACUUGGAGUCCCAGGGGCCCUUGAAAACAGGGAAGAUGACAACUCACAGCACAGCCUUGAGUGCAGUCCUCUACAGCAAGAUCUUCAAGCAGGUGGUGAGUGGCUGCCUACAGGGCACAGUGAGUGUGUGGGACAUCACCACGGGGAAGAAGAGGAUGGAGAUCUUUGUAUCUGGCACUCAGCAAAGUGAGCUGACUGCCAUGUCCCUGGACGAGUCGGAGCGGUGUGUGCUCACAGGCUUGCGUGAUGGCACAAUGCAGAUGUGGAAUUACAACACUGGGGAGUGUCUGUUGACAUUUUCCACCGGGGACCAUGUGGAGAUUAGUGGAAUUGUUCACAUGAACAAAGGGUACUAUGCAACAGGGUGGAGUAAGAGGAUCACCAAUUUCAGGUUACACAGGACCAAGAUGGCACUCUCCUGCUGCCACUGGAAGACUUACCACACGGAGGACGUUUUGUGCAUGGCCAAGUAUCAGAACCAGUUCCUUGGCACUUCUUCCUACAAUGGGGACAUCCUCUUCUGGAAUGUCAGCAUGUUGAAGCCCAUCUUGAAUUUCAAUGCCUCCAAGAGCCCCCUGCCUUUACAGCCAAAGAAGGUGAAAGAUUCAGAGGAAUGUGUACUCAGAACCAAUGUCUUCCCAAAAGAUAAUGCGAAAAAGUGGGCACACAAGCUUCCCACAAAGUUUGCUGGCUUCACUGUGAGUCCGAGGUUGAUGUCAGCUCCCCCAGUGAUGAGACACCGAAGAGAAUCGGACCAAGAAAGGAGGAUGUCUCACAAGAAAUAUUCCAAUACUCGGAGACUUGCAUUGUCUAAUGUGCUCCCCAGUAAACCAUCCCAUCCCAAAGCAUCAUUUCACAGAGAUCCUCUAAAGAAAACGGAGGAAUUAUGGAAGAAGAUACAGCUGCAGUCAAAAGUGUCAGUGGAGAAGAUCAUUUUUCUACAGACCAGGCCUCGCCUGCCACACACAGCUGCCAUGCUGAGCAGCUGCACCAAUGGCUUCAUCUAUGCCUGGUCCAUCCAUGGGAAUGGAGGCCUGCUGGGGAAGUUCCCUGUGGACCUUGAAGAGGAUGAGGAUAUUGUUGUGGGUGCCAUGGCCACUGACGAAAACGACUGGAUCCUCAUCACAGGGGACAGUAUAGGAAAUAUCAAGAUCUGGGACAUCAAGGAUUACUGCUUAUUUGUUGGCCAGAGAUCAGUCCAUUCCAGUGGGAUCAAGAUCUCUACUGAAGAGGAGAACAAGUUCCGGUUCUUAAUUCCUCAACAACUCCAGGCCCGCUCCCUGCACUACAUCCCCCAGACGGAGAAGGAGGUUGUGGAAGGCCAGACCAUUUCUCUGGUUCCCCCACCACUUCUGAUUACCUGGCGUAGCCACCUGGAGAAUGUGGUAGAUGUCCUGUAUGUGGACAUCUUCCAGCUGGUUGUCAGUGCCAGUGAGGAUGGGGACGUCAAGAUUUGGAAACUCUCUGGUGAUAUCAUAGGAACGUUGGGCCUGAAUAUGUGGAAACGACUGAAGGAGGCCACGAUGAUUGAAGAUCAGGAGCAGGAAGCAACUUUAGAGGAGAAGCCCGACUUCAUGGGCACCACCCUCAAGAAAUCCUUCUUGGAGAUGCACAAGGAACUGGCUGAAGCCCUGGUGUACCAGGAGCGUGAGCAGACAGCGCUGAUGGCCUUUCUGCAUGGGAAAGAAGAGAAGGAAGCCGAGGCACUAGCCAGGCUGCGCCAGAUGGCCCCCAUCUCCCCAUGGCCCAAAGAGCAUUCCAUGGAUGACAUUGAGAAGACCUGGAACCAAUGGGUCAAGGACAAGCAGGUAAGCAAAAUCGUGGGAGCAGCUUACAAGCCCAAGGAGCAUGUGCGGAACCCCAAACUCCUAUCCACCAGAGUGCAUUAUAGCUGGAUGAGGCAGCAGAUCUCCCCUCAGAUCUACCAAAGCUUGUGUUUCUCCGACCUGAAGCAAGUCAACCAUCCUGACUUCCUGAUGCAUAAGGUCCUGGACCAGCAGGGCCGGCACAUCCGCUGGGUGGCUAGUGAUAUCCGGAGUGAGCUGGAGUCAAUCCGGGCUCAGAUCUUAAUGGACAUGGUAGCCAGCAGCACAACUGCUGCCUCGCCUUCCUCCCUGUCCAUGCUUUCCCUGGGGGCAUCAGCCUCCAGGGUUGUGGACCCCAGCUGCCCCACCUCCGUGAGGCCCCAUUCCUCAGUCUCCUUGCUGAGGCCCUGGUCAGCCUCUCCAGCACACUCUAGCUCUUCUACGUCACCCCAGACUUUGAGUCAGCCCCGCAGAGGUCAGAGACAGUCAGGCCAGGUGCUUCCUGCCUCAUGUGGCAUCCGGAAACCGGGGGGCCCGUCCUCAUGUCCUCUGUGACGUGGGGCUGCCACCUCAUGUUUCGAGUUGUCCAUUUUUUUCCUCUGUUCUGUAGCAGGGGACCCACAGGGUCUUACAUGUCCCUGGCUCACUCCCUGCCAAGCCCAGGGGAUGUAGCCCUUUCCUCAGAAGCCCCCACACUGCCUCUCUCUGGAUAAGUCCAGUUAUCUGUUGGCUCUGCACAAUUCUGGAGAAGAAAAUAAAUAUUC